AUGCCCUCCCUUUUCCGAACCCUGCUCUUGGGAAUUAUCCCGGCAGGCCUCGUCAGCUGCCAUGCAACUAAUUCCCUGGGGUCCAAUUAUCGCAUUGACGUCCAUUCUCAUGCUAUUCCAACUAUUUGGAAAGAUGCGAUGAUCUCAGCAGGCUUCCCCGUCAAGAACGGUACUUUGUACAAUGACGGCGCCCCCGUUCCUGAUUGGACUCUGGACUCGCACAUCAGCGCUAUGGACAGCCUAGGAGUUAAUUACUCGACCAUCAGUAUCACUGCACCAGGUGUUUCCUUCGUCAAUGAUGCUAAAAAGGCCAAGUCUUUGGCCCGAAGCAUCAAUCUCUUGCUUCAUCAAUAUACCCAAACUUACCCGACUCGGCUUGGAGCGCUUUGUCUUCUCCCUCUUCCUCACGUCAAAGAAGCAGUCGAGGAGCUUCGAUUCUGCAUGGACACCCUCAAGUUUGUGGGUGUAGGCAUGUACACCAAUGCUAAUGGCACGUACUUGGGUGAUUCUGCUUUGGACCCUGUUUUCUCAGCACUCAGUGCCCACAAUGCCAGUGUAUUCGUGCACCCAGCCUCCCCAAGUUGCACGUCCGUCGCUCUGGGUCACCCCAUUCCGAUGACCGAAUAUCCUUUCGAUACCGUGCGGGCUAUGGAGAAUCUACUAUUGUCUGGUCAGCGUGCCAAAUACCCAGAUCUCAAGAUGAUCUUCUCUCACGGUGGCGGUGCUAUGCCCUAUUUGGCCGCUCGCAUUGCUGGUGUCGCGACACUCGACUACGCGGGCGGCAUUCCUUUCGCCCAAACGAUGGCUCAACUCGCUGGAUAUUAUUUCGAUCUCGCGAGCGCAACGACUGCCAUCCAGCUUGCGGCUCUGAAGAGUUUCAUCGGAGCCGGAAAGCUCGUGACUGGAAUUGACUAUCCCUAUGUGCCACUCACCCAGGCUUUGCCAGGCCUCAAUGGCAUCCAGACGAAUGGCAAUUUUACUAAUGAGGAGAUGGUCUCGAUCAAAUACGGAAAUGCCUUGGAAAUCUUCCCACGGAUCUCCAAAGCCUUGAAACUGAAUUAA